UUUUUUGCUCCUCCCUACACUCCCUCCCCACCUUUCACCACUUCCACCUGCAUGCGCCACCCGUUGAGAAAUGAGAAACUAACCAAGAUCACACCACCACUCCUCCGUCCACACCCAGAGCCCCCAACCGAAGUCGCCAGAGCUCCGGCCCCUCGCCCAUGGACGCGACUAUCGGAGAUGUGAGCGUGGCGUCGUCGGUGGAGCGGGUCUUCGAGAGCCAGCCGCCGCUGCCGGGGACAUGGGGCCAGGUGACGCUGCGGUCGAUGGCCAUCUCGGUGGUCCUCGGCACCGUAUUCAGCUUCGUCGGGCUGCGCAUCAUGAUGAAGGCCGGCAUCAUACAGGCGCUCAAUCUGCCCAUCAACGUCCUCAGCUUCUUCUUCCUCAAGUGGCUCAUCAACCUCCAGCGGGCCGCGGGGUUCACCACGCUGCCCUUCUCGCGCCAGGAGAACGUCCUGAUCCUCACCACCGUCACCACCUGCCUCAACACAGCAAUAUGUGGUGGCUUUGCAAAUUAUGUAGUUGGAAUGACUUCUGGUGUAGCCAAAUCACUGGGAGAAAAUCCAGAUCCAAGAGAUAUUGUUGACAAUAUACCGACUGGACGAUGGAUGUUGUUCCUUUUCCUGAUUGGUAUGGUGGGAGUAACAGCUAGCGUGCCACUGAACCAGGGGCAGAUGAUAUUAAGCUUGCCUUGCUCACUUUAGUUCAUGAAUAAUCAGCAUGGAAAGAUUUAGGACUCCAAGAUGUUAUCAUUGAAGCAUGCAUGGUGGAUCGAGCCCUCCCACAGUCGUAACAUGUCGGCUUACCUUCAGAUUCAUGCCUGGAACGCCUCCUAUGUCUGAAUGAAAUCGUUCCCCAAUGAUUGGUCAUGCUGAUCUUAACAUCAUGAUCAUGGUUGCUCCUUGGUACGUGUGGUGAGAAAGGCGAUAAUCUAUCACUAGGGAACGCGUUCAAACCCCAAGUCAUUCGGCAGGGCCAUCAUUAUUUUGAUUUGAACAAUGAGAGAGCUUCAACUAGAUCUUGUAGCGUCCGACAUCAUGGCUGGGAAAGACCGCUAAAAUGUUAUGUCAAACUUAUGUGGAUGCGUAUUUUGACGAGGACAUGAAUCAUGGAACUUCUAGAGCUAUCCUUCUUGAUGGCCGCAGAUUUUUUAUUGUCAUAA